GACUAUUGUUAACUUGUAGGUCGUAUGAAGCGCAAUACUCAAUGUAGGUUUUGGUUGACUCACAGUGCAUGAAGGCAUUCAUAAAGAAAAGGGCUCUCGAUGCCUCAGAUAACGGAUCUGAACCUACAUCCGUAGAUAAAGUGAAGAGCUUCUUCUCAAAGUUUGGCAGUGGUUUGCGUACUGCUUUCGUCAAACCACAACAUCCUAGUGUGCCAGUUACUAGUCGUGACGUUAACAAUUAUUGUUAUGCUUCUGAUGAUCUGAAAACAAACAAAGAAAUUGUUUCUACCUCAAGCGAGACGGUUGACCCUCUUCAUCCUUUAAGUAAUAUGAAAGGUGAUCGAGUUACCCCUGCGAUUCAUAUAUUGAAUGAACCAUAUGGUUCUAACCCACGAUCAUAUGUCCGUGGAAAUGCAUCCCCUCAAAAUUCUGCUUUUCGAGAAGAAUUGAACUCAAAACUACGAAUUCGCCCUGGUCAUAAUCUUCCACCUAGAAUAGCAACAAUUGCUAAGUCUGCUGAAAGUUCCGAUAGUUCAAUUUCAAAUGAAUCCUCUUCACCACAUCAAAAACAUUUAAGUAUUCCAUAUUCACCUCCCCAUAGUACUCAUGUGUUUGCAACAACCCCACCUAAUAGUAUACAUGAGUCUAUCAGUUCAACUCCAUCAUCCGCUGGUGCCUCAGAUUUAGUCAGUUUACAGCAUAAAUUAGCUGUCAGUAGACCUAGAAAUCGUCGUCCACCAUCAAAAGCUUAUCGUACAUUGAAUAAAACGGAUGAAAAUGUUGUUGGCUUCUUUUCUUUAUCACCCAAGCAUGUAUCGACUAAUGAUAAUUUCUUUUCAGUUUCUAAUCCUCAACUGGGUCUUAUAAAAGAAGAAAGUGAAAUAAUACAUCAAAUAAGUGAAAAACCACCUCAUCAAAAAAUAUCUAACAUUCAUCUACCCACUGAAAUAUUAACUGUAAAUACUGGUGAAUCGAUUAGUGAGAAUUCUGAUUCAAAUAAACUUGAUUCUUCACUUUCAGGACUAAAUUUAAGAGGCAGCGUAAAAUCUGCGUAUGACUCUAAUUCUCUGAAACGUAAAUCUGAUUCCUAUCGUAAAUCUGACUGUUUACUCACGUCAUUUGAUCAAGAAACAAUAACACCUUUCAAACCCCCAAAGAAAAGUGCAGGAUUUGAGAGAAUAAAAAUAAAUCCUACCAGUGAUUUUCAUAAUUUAACACCGCUUGCAUCAUAUAAUGGCGGUGAUCAACAUAUUCGUCCACGUUCCAUGUUCAUUCCAUCAUCCGGUAAUGAAAUUCACUCAUCACAGAUUUGUUUAAAAACAAAAGAUGUAAAUAAAAACUUAACCGAUCAUCAUGAUAAUAAUCUGAUUAGUUCAAAACAAUCUUCUGAAUCAAUUCCAUCAAUUGUUUUUAUCCCAUGUAAAGCGUCUGUGGAUAAUAACAGUAAUGAUACUACUAAUACCAGUAAUAAUGAUAAUGAUAUUAGUCUCAAAGUUAGUAAUCAAACUACUCAUGUUAAUACUGAGACAAAAACACAUAUCUCUGUAUCUAUGAUGAAGAAACCUGUUCUGAUUGAUGUUGAAGAAAAUUCAAAUAAAUAUCUUCGAAGUCCUAGUCCUCAAACAGUGGCCUUACGUCAAAAAUUUGGUGAAACUUCUCGUGUAUGUUAACAUUUUUUUAAGAUUGUCAUUUAUUAUUAAUAAAAAUACUUCCUUUUAAUUGUAGUCAAUAUGUGUAAUAAAUGUAUAUAUUCAGUUUUAGAACAUUAUUAUUUCAGUUUAAAUUUUCUUUUAAAAUGAUUCAGUAAGCCGUAAUCAGUCGAGUUCACCUAUGUCAGAUGUGGGGCAUUUACCCAUCAAUGACACAUGGUUGUGCAAUUUCACAAAUUGAUUGAAGUUAAACCAUUAAAUGUGUUGACUUAGUAGUCUAAAAGGUUAAGCUCUUACUGCGAUACCUAAAGGUCCUCUGUUCAAUCUCUUUAGUGAAGUUACGGAUUCGCAUUACUAAGGAGUCCCAUACUAGGACGGAACAGUUGUCCAGUAUUUUCUUGUUUUCAAUGAUUGUCUAACUAAAACCAAUCUGUGAUGCGAAUGAUACAAUUCAACAAUCUCCAAAUAGUCGUUCUAUGUGGUAAUAAUAUUUCAGUAACGUUGUAUUAUUUUUAGCCAAAUUUAAAUUGUAAAAUGGUGUUCAUCCAUUCAUUGUACAGAAUGUUGAUCAAUAAAAAAUCGAAAAAGUUUAACUUUUAAAAUGAUUUUCACAACUGUCUUCAUAGUAAUCAUAUCGUUUUAUUCGACUAAAUAAUGAUUACAUGAAAUUCAGUCGAAUAGUGCUCAUCUCAACAAAUAAAUCGCAUUACCCUGUUGAAUUAAAUGCAAUAAAUAAAGGCUUGUUCAUCAGUUAAUGUUGUAAUUACAAACGAAAUUUUUUAUUUCAUUGAAUUAUACUCUCAGGCUUAUAAUCAUCAGUACUUAUUGAGUUGUCGAUUGUCUAUAGACUAUCGGAUGAAUCGUGUUGAUUAGUUCAACUGUACCUUCUCAAGUUAUCUUAUUGUUAAGAUGUAUCUUAAUUUUAUAUCAGUUAAAUCACUGGAAUAGUCUGUUAAUCACAUGAAAAUACCUCAGAUAGUUUAAUAGCAGAUGACAUUAAAUACCAUGUAAUAUUUUAUUGAUUAGUUUCUAUAAUAGUUUACGUUAAUUGUUUAAUGGAUAAAAUUUUUAUCAGAACUAUGGUACAAAAAUUGGUGAAAUACUCAAUAAAUAAUUCAUGUAAACUGUAGAUCCCUUCUAGUAUCAAUAAACAGAGAGGUAUUAUACGAAUUUAAAGAAAAAGUAUAUUGACAGUUAUAUAACUUUUAUUCAUUGGUAUUAAAAAAAAUAAUUGCAAGUCAAUCAAUGUAUAUUCAUCAACUGGAUAUUUUGUUUCGAUCUCUUAAUUCUACUGACUAAAAUAAAUAUAUAUAUCAGUAGUUGAAGUAAAUGUUUUCAUUGUUAUCAUUGACUUAUAAACUACCUUGAUUGGUUUAAUAAUUUCGUAUAUGCAUAUAAAUAUUACUAUAUAUUAGAGUAAAGCCUGAUGAGGAUCUACUCGAAAACAAUAUUGUUCGCUUAUAUAUGUUGUUCUAAAUAUGUUUAUGUUGAUUGUGGGAUCUAUCAGCGAUAAGAAUGAAUAAAAUACCACUUAACUAUUGAAACCAAAUAUAUGUAGUCAUUUUUCAUAUUCUCUGAUAAACAGCUUUACAUAAAUUAACUUGUCUUAAUCCGAAACAUUCAUGGUUCAGAGAUCUAAAAUUAUCAUACUGUCUACACGAUAUGUAUAUCCGAGAUUCAUUUUUAAAUAUUGCGGUUUUGAAUAUCAAUGUAAUCUAUCUAUGGUAAAAUACACGAUUACAGCAGUUAUAUACAUAUAUGUUCUUUUUACUUCAUAGGAAAUGAUAUACAUUUUUCUUCGUUUGAGUGUUUUUAUAUAAAAACAAGUGUUGAAAUUACUGCUUUGAUACAUAUCAGUAUAAUAUCUAUAUUUUUUUUUGUCUAUCCAUCUUUAAAUCAACAUUACGAUAUAAAUAUAGCUUGUUACUCUUAAGGAUGAAUAAAAGUGAGUUUAUUUUGAUGAUUAGAAUUACUAUCAAAUAGUUUCUAAAAAAAACACCCGAAUUCUUGGUGUGUUUGUUUCUUCUAUGCUACAUCCACUUUUAUUAUAUGAAUGACUAAAUGAAUGUAUAUGCAUGGUUAAUUUGAUUUCUUUCCUCAUUGUCUUUCAAUUUAUAAUUAGUAUACACAAUUUUAAUUACUAGUAUAGGGGUUGUGGAGAUUAUUAAGUUUUUGAUUGAGAUCAUGAACCGAUUUGUAAAGUGUUACCUUUUUUCAUUUUAUCAUAAGAUUAAUUCACUUUUAUUAUAUCAAAUUUCUCAUAGUUUAGGCAUAGUUACUGAUUUAUAAAUUUUCUUAAUGUAUUCAAUUGAUAAAUUAUUUGGAUUUUAGUAGAUAAUAUCCAACU